AUGGCAGCUCUUCGUGAUAUUUUGGUUGUAUUUCUGUUCGCCUUGGGAGGUUUUUCGACCUUGUCAGCUCUCUGCCCUCCCGGCUGGAAGGACUGGCAUCAGUCAUGCUACGCGAUUUACUCACAUCGUGCUUCGAGCUGGGCAGAUGCUUCAAAAUUCUGCGAGAGUAAACAAGGCCACCUGGUUGUGCCAAAUUCACAGGCCGAGAACGAUUUCUUAAGGCAGAUGGUCAUGGAACGAUUUCAGACCGCGAAAAAACGCGGGGUUUGGAUCGGCUGCAAACGUGAGUCGGUUCACGGAAGCUUCGUUUGCUCCGGGAAUACUGAGGGUAUGAGCUUCACCAACUGGGCCCCGGGUUAUCCCAAACAAGAAGUUCGUCAGUGCGUCGUGUUGUGGAAGGGAGGCAACGGAACAUGGAGAAGUAGCAACUGCAUGGCAAACAAAGAGAGGUACGUCGUCUGCGAGAUGCCGAACACUCCUCGUGUGUACUGCCUGACAGCCGACGAAAACGGGCGCUUUGUUAAGGACUUGCCGUGA